AUGCCAACCACCAGGAAACGUGAGCAGUGGGACUCGCAGUGCGACUUCAUCCUCAGCUGCAUCGGAUACUCGGUGGGCGUGGGGAAUAUCUGGCGCUUCCCCUAUCUGUGCUACAAGCACGGCGGCGGCACGUUCCUCAUACCGUACCUCAUCAUGCUCCUGGCGGUGGGCAUACCCAUGUACGUGAUGGAACUGACGCUGGGUCAGUACGCCAGCCUCGGUCCCAACAAGCUGUUCCAGAAGCUGUCGCCGCUGUUCUCGGGCCUCGGCUACGCCAUGCUGCUGAUGACGGCCUUCGUCUGCUUCACCUACAAUAUGGUGAUCGCCUGGGUUGUCUUCUACGCGGCGGCGUCCUUCACGUCCGAGCUCGCGUGGUCGCGGUGCGGGCACGACUACAACACAAGGGACUGCUACACGAUAGCCGACGAUGACUUCUGUGACUAG